UGAUUGAAUCAAGCUAAAGUGUUCAAAAAAAAGUUUCUCUGAAAGAAAAUUAUGGUGAGCUAUAAUUUUCCAUCACAAAUUCAUCUUCUAAUGAUAACGAUAUUAGUAAUCAUCACAACUCUUUUCACUCCGAUCACAACCAACACAUCAUCACUACCAUGGAAUAUCCUUUCCAAUGACAACUUCGCCCGAAAACUCACUACUGCAUCAUCCUCCGUCGAAUCAGCUGCCACUGAUUUCGGCCACAUCACCAAAAUCUUUCCCUCCGCCGUCUUAAACCCUUCCUCCGUCCAAGACAUCACCGAUCUUAUAAAACUUUCUUUCGAUUCUCAAUCUUCUUUUCCUCUAGCCGCUCGUGGCCACGGACACAGCCACCGUGGUCAAGCCGCGGCUAAUGACGGAGUCGUGGUCAACAUGCGGUCAAUGGUAAACAGGGACCGAGGCAUCAAGGUGUCUAGGACAGGUUUAUAUGCUGACGUGGACAGCGCGUGGCUAUGGAUCGAGGUGUUGAAUAAAACGUUGGAGUUAGGGCUGACGCCGGUUUCUUGGACGGAUUAUUUGCAUUUAACGGUCGGUGGAACGUUAUCUAACGGCGGUAUAAGCGGACAAACUUUUCGGUAUGGUCCACAGAUCAGUAAUGUUUUAGAGAUGGAUGUUAUUACUGGAAAAGGAGAGAUUGCAACUUGUUCCAAAGACAUGAACUCAGAUCUUUUCUAUGCCGCGUUAGGAGGUUUAGGUCAAUUCGGAAUUAUAACGAGAGCAAGAAUCAAACUCGAAUUAGCUCCGAAAAAUGCUAAAUGGUUAAGGUUUCUAUACACUGAUUUCUCUGAGUUUACAAGAGAUCAAGAACGAUUGAUAUCAGAAACGAACGGGCUACAUUUCCUGGAAGGUUCUGUUAUGUUAGACCAUGGCCCACCUGAUAACUGGCGGUCCACUUACUAUCCACCGUCCGAGCACAUGAGGAUCGUCUCAAUGGUCAAACAACAUCGUGUCAUCUACUGCCUUGAAGUCGUCAAGUAUUACGACGAAACUUCCCAACACUCAGUCAACGAGGAAAUGGAGGAGUUAAGCGACAGUUUAAACUAUGAACGAGGGUUUGUGUACGAGAAAGAUGUGACGUAUAUGGAUUUCUUAAACCGGGUUCGAACCGGAGAGCUAAAACUGAAAUCCAAAGGCCAGUGGGAUGUUCCACAUCCAUGGCUUAAUCUUUUCGUACCAAAAUCUCAGAUUUCAAGAUUCGAGUAUGGCGUUUUUAAGGGUAUUAUCCUUAGAAAUAACAUCACUACUGGUCCCCUUCUUGUUUAUCCCAUGAACCGCAACAAGUGGAAUGAUCGAAUGUCGACCGUUUUACCUGAGGAAGACGUAUUUUAUGCUGUCGGGUUUUUACGAUCGGCGAGUUUUGACAAUUGGGAUGAUUAUGAAAAAGAAAACAUGGAAGUAUUAAAGUUUUGCGAGGAUGCUAAUAUGAGGGUCAUACAAUAUCUUCCUUACUAUGCAUCACAAGAAGGAUGGGUUGGACAUUUUGGUACGAGGUGGAAUAUUUUUCUCGAAAGAAAAUAUAGAUAUGAUCCUAGAAUGAUAUUGUCCCCUGGACAAAAUAUAUUUCCAUAAAUAAACUUGUGUUAGCUGUGAUAGUUAGUUAAGUGAUUCAAUGUCCACAUCUGUAGCUUUUUCCACCAGAAUAUGAUUCUACUAAAUCCCGUUUCUCUGCGUUGUAAGACCCUCUAUGGCAAAUAU